AUGGCGCAUAUCAGAGCUCGAGCUCCCCAGGCAGCUCUGCAGGGCCUCAGAGCCGCGAACUCGGCCCCGCGCAGACAAUGCCUCGCCCUCACCUCCCGGCACAUGUCGAGCAAACCCGACAGAUCGAACGAAGAAAGGACAGGUCGAACAUUCCAGGGCCAGGUCGUCGGCAGCAUCACCCAAAGAUUGGCGCGCGAGCGUGCAGAACGCGAAAGGUUCGCUCUUGAGCGCGAAAAGACGUCUGGUGGCAGGAACUACGCCUUCACCUUUGUACUACUCACAUCCAUUGGUCUCUCGUAUUACCUCGGCACCCUCGUCCCGUCAAGCCCCGAAGAAGAGUCGACCCUCCCGCUGCACAAGACGAUCGCGCCGGUGCACAAACUUAACAAGGAGAACCUCGAGGCUGCAUGGGCCGACUUCGUCAGCGUCGUCGGCAAGGAGAAUGUCAGCACUACGAGUACCGACAUCGAGCACCACGCCAGCUCCGAGUGGUCGUCGCACUCCGCCGGUCCUAACGAGAGGCCGUUCUGUGUCGUGUUCCCCAGCACCACGGAUGAGGUCUCGCAGAUCAUGCGCAUCUGCCACCAGAGGCGCAUCCCCGUCGUCGGCUACAGCGGCGGCACCAGUCUCGAGGGCCACUUCACCCCCACCCGCGGCGGCAUCUCCAUCGACUUUGGCCGCAUGAACAAGGUCCUCAAGCUGCACGAGGAGGACCUUGACGUUGUCGUACAGCCCGCCGUCGGCUGGGAGUCGCUCAACGACCAGCUCGCGCAGUCGAACCUCUUCUUCCCGCCGGACCCGGGCCCGGGAGCCAUGAUUGGCGGCAUGAUCGGCACCGGCUGCAGCGGGACCAACGCCUACCGCUACGGCACCAUGCGCGAGUGGGUUCUUAGUCUGACUGUCGUGCUGGCCGACGGCACCGUCAUCAAGACGAGGCAGCGCCCGCGCAAGAGCUCCGCCGGUUACGACCUCACCAAGCUUUUCAUCGGCUCCGAGGGCACUCUGGGCCUGGUCACCGAGGCCACGCUCAAGGUCACGACAAAGCCUGCCUCGACUUCGGUCGCAGUGACAUCCUUCCCCACCAUCCGCGACGCUGCGGCCUGCGUGUCCAAGGUCGUGGCUGCCGGCGUUCCCGUUGCGGCGGUGGAGAUCCUCGACGACUUGCAGAUGCAAUGCAUCAACAAGGCCGGCAUGACGAGCAAGGCGUGGGCAGAGGCGCCGACUCUGUUUUUCAAGUUUGCUGGUACGCCGAACGGCGUCAAGGAGCAGAUCGCGCUCGUCAAGCAGCUCGCGGCGGCGGCGGGCAGCAAGACGUUCGACUUUGCUAAGAACGAGGAGGAGCAGCACGAGCUGUGGAGCGCGAGAAAGGAGGCGCUGUGGAGCACCAUGGCCGUCAAGCGCGAGGGCGACCACGUCUGGACUGGAGACGUCGCGGUGCCGAUGAGCAGGCUGCCGGACAUUAUUGAGGAGACGAAGGAGGCAUUGUCCAAGACCGGACUGUUUGGCACGAUUGUCGGCCACGUCGGUGACGGAAACUUCCACACGAUCUUGCUCUACAACGACCAGGAGCGAAAGAGGGCCGAGACUUUUGUCCACAACAUGGUCAAGAGGGCAGUCGAGAUGGAGGGUACCGUCACGGGCGAGCACGGCGUCGGUCUCGUCAAGAGAGACUACCUCCCCCACGAGCUGGGCGAGACGACGGUUGAUACCAUGAGACAGAUCAAGAAGGCCCUUGACCCUCUUUGCCUCCUCAACUGCGAUAAGAUCGUCAGGAUGCAGCCCCCCAAGGCUGGUGAGGUGAGUGAGUGCGGCGCCUCUGAGUUCCUGGGUCCGUUUCCACUCUUCAACGUCGAAGACUACAAAGAAAGGCUCCCUGAAGAAAUGAACGCAAAAGGAGGGUCCUUCUUCCCCAUGUUUCAGCGAGAAGCCAUGGCUAUUUCCUUCCAAUUGGAAGGCCGACGGGAAACGAUGUCGGUCCAAGACAUGGAUCACUUUGCUGUCAAGGUCUUUGCUGGGUCCGUCAACUGCAUCUCAGGGAAGACGGCACAUGAACUGGUCACUAAUGAGCAAGACUACGUCAUAUGUCCUCAACAAAGGAGACUAGACGGCUAUAAGUACACAGAUGACAAAGUCAAGCAAUUUGUUCCCAUGCCCCUCGGCUGGGGAUACUCCGCCGAAAAGCAGAUCACGGGGAAGGAGGACGUCGGUGGGAUUCAACUACAAAUUGCAUCAAGACUCUGGGACCACGUCACGUUCCGCCGUCAUGAAACUUGCUCGGAAGAGUUCUUAUUGAAGAGCACCGACACUUCCUCGAUUCUUGGGUUCGAAAACGGCGCUACUAUUUUCAUCUUCUUCGAGGAAACGUAUGGGGGGUUGGAACUACUCAAGGAGCUCCUUCAUAACUCCCUAGAGUGCCUCAACACCAAGCCAGGACGGAGGAUCGGCAGGCCAAAAGCCUCCACAUGCUUAGAGGCUCUGAUCAAUUGGAUGGAACUUGAGUCCAUUGAGCCACAGCAUAUCUUCGAUGAGGGUGUACCUAUGAAAUGGUGGUUGCGCCCACAGCCGGAGCAAAGCCUGUCGCGAGUCUUUGGAUUUCUCAAACGCGGAGGCAAGUCACUCAGCGAAUACGGUUUUGGCAUCAACGACCUCCAAUGGUACUCGAAAAGCUUUGCUCUACGAUGCUUUCUGGGAAACAAGGGAGACUCGCAUGUUCUCAGCGUGAACGAUUUCUUGCUGCAAGACUUGAUUCAUGGCGCCAACCUGAACUCUCGAGAUAUGCAGGGCCGCACGGUGCUUUGGUAUCCGACCACCAAGCUGAACUUGCUCCUCGACAAUGGCGCUUGCAUGGACAUCCGGGAUAACAACGGCAACACAGUUCUCCAUGCAAUGGUACUUCAAGAGGUAUGGGAUCGACUCGAAGGCCUGCUUCGCCACAGGAGCGUCAGGACGACCAUCAACGCUCGGAACAGAGAUUAUCUCACGCCAUAUCACUUAGUACUGGGUGCCUAUGAAAACUGGACACUCGAACCUAAAUGGAUGGAUAUAGCAAAGAUGUUCGAAGAAGGAGGCGCGGAUGUGGAUUUGCCUAUUCCUCACGGUACGUUUCGAGAAGACCUUGUCUGUCGCCUGAACCGAAAGGACCUGAAAGGGUCACGCUUCGAUGUUGCGCGCAAACUCUUAAGUAAAAGUACUGCAUCUGCUGAAGGCUCCCACGACUGGUCAUAUCAUGAUAGCUAG